UUCUAUUGCCGCCCCCAGCACACGCUCCCCGCUAACCUUUACCAAUCCUUUUUCGGACGAUGGGCAGAAGUGAGUGUAAACGGUCUGUCACAGCGAGCAUAGGUUAAACACGAAUUAUUACCAGUCGAUAAGUAAAAAGAUCAGGAUGGAGUUGGGUAUCGACUACGGAGACGACCUGGUAAUCCAAGCUAGUAUUUUCGGUUCCACCGAUCUCGAACCGAAGCCGGCUCCAUGGGAACCCGUGUUCAACCGUUCUGUGAACUUCACGGAUGAUUAUGAAUUUCCAUUUUCCGAAGAAGACCUGGAGACGGAGCUUUUUCACGGUUACCCCAAUUCGCUCCUUACCCUGGCGACGGCUUUCUGCUUACUUUUCAUGCUCGUCGGCAUCCCCGGCAAUCUCAUCACUAUAAUCGCUCUCUUCAGAUGUAAAAAGGUCCGGAAUGCGACAGCAGUCUUCAUAAUAAAUCUGUCCGUCUCCGAUUUGAUGUCAUGCUGCUUCAACCUUCCGCUGGCUGCUUCGACCUUCUGGAGGAAGUCCUGGAGGCACGGACUCCUCCUUUGCAGACUCUUCCCCCUUCUGCGAUACGGCUUGCUCGCCGUAUCACUUUUCACCGUCCUGGCGAUAACGCUCAACCGUUACGUUAUGAUCGGUCACCCGACUAUGUAUCCAAAGUUGUAUCGAAAACAAUACCUAGGACUUAUGGUCGGGGCAACUUGGGCAUGCGGUUUCGGCGCCUUGGUAGCUACAUGGUUUGGCAAAUGGGGCAGGUUCGGCCUGGACCCAAGAAUCGGUUCGUGCUCCAUUCUUCCCGACUCGUCAGGCAGGUCGCCGAAAGAGUUCCUGUUUCUCGUUGCUUUCGUGAUACCCUGUAUAUGCAUCGUCGUGUGCUACGCCCGGAUUUUCUACAUAGUCAGGAAAACAGCACUCAAGUCGAGGGUGACCGGCCGAAAUGCUGCCUCGGCUAGCUCUAGCGUCAUGGCCUCGUCUAAAAGCCCGUAUUACGGUAAGGUAAGACUGCUGAGGAAGUGCCAUACCAGUUCGACCGACGAUUCGGCAUUCGGGACGUCGAGCACGGCGCAAUCUUUUUCAACUGAAAAAUCGUCUACCUUUUUGGACAACGGUUCUACCGAACUCACCAGCGACGUCAAUAUCAAAAUGGUCACCUUAGCGCCUAGUCCCCGUCUGCUGAGCCCUUACGGAAACUCCCCCAAUAAGCUCAAAGUCCUCCCUGAACCAUCAUCUUCUUCCGGGAUAGAAGAGGGCGUGAAUGAAGAGGAGGUGACGUCGAGGAGCGCUUCGCCCACUUCCAUGUGUUCUUCAUCCAGGGCGACAUCACCUCCAAGACGUGGAAAACGGAGGCAUCCUUCAGCCGUCAAUUCCACUCUUUCGCACAUGGCUUCCGUGUUCAGAAGGACUAGCCAUUUCAAAGGCAGCCCUCGCCGUCCCAGCUCCGCCCCUCCGGUCCCUGGUAAGAUGACGGCCAAAGACAAGAAACUUCUGAAAAUGAUUCUAGUCAUAUUCGCCUCCUUCGUCACCUGCUACCUCCCGAUCACGCUCAGCAAGACCUAUCGUGAUGCCAUCGAAAUGAGAGCGUUGAACAUCGCCGGAUACAUACUUAUCUAUCUGACGACGUGCAUCAACCCCAUCAUUUACGUUGUCAUGAGCUCGGAAUACAGGCAGGCUUACAAAAACUUGCUCAUGUGCAGGAGUCCCGAAAGCCAGAUCAACACCGCUUCGAGACCAUGACGAAAGCAUCGCAAUGGAGGACGGCGCCACCGUAACCGCUAACUCCAUUGUCAUACCAUUUCACUAAAACGUCGUUUCAAAGAAUUUUUGAGGCCAGUACAACAAGAAUCUUCAAGACUUUAGCUCUUAAGGAAUUUUUUUCUCCUGGUUUAGUAAUUUAUUUUGUAAAUAUUUUGAACAAUGUAAAUCCAAUCUUAACCCCUCAGGGAUUAAGGGAAAUCUGACCAAAAACUAUAUUUAGUAUAAGGAAAAACGUUCGAUAUGUGACAUGGCCUCCACGAAAAAAUUGUGUCUGAAAAAUGGACAGAAGAGGAGGAAAAGGAGAUUCAAUAUCGAUCGAUCUACCAAAAAAAUCUUAAUUUUAAACAAACAGCAAUACUAUUCAGAUAUUUUGGAAAAGUUAUGAAAUUAAAUAUAAACGAUGAUGAUCACAUUUUUCUUUAUAUUAAGUAAGUUUGGUAUUUAAAAUUAUCUGGAAACUUUUGUUUUAAGUUCAACAUUUCAUUAUGUCCCUGUAUAUCUUUAUCAUGUGUUUUAUAUAUCGGCAACUUAUCGUAUGUGCAUGUUUAUUCUUUCAGCAAAGGACAGCAGAACCGGUUGAUUUCGGCUUUCUGUCGGAUGCAUGCUGAUACGUAAAGCAUUUUGGUCAGACUUCAAACGUAGUGGAUGUUUUAUUUAAGGGUGAACUAGUUACCAAGACGUAUAUACAUUAUACAAAAUGUUUGCUUUAAAAAUAACUCAAUACGAUGAAGAAUAUGAAGCGUUUCUCACACUGGACAACUAUUACAUUCACUUUGUUUAAAUUGAUAUUCCUUGAAAGAAUCUAGAAAACGAUCCGAUUAGGCUUAUAUGUAUUAGACAAAAAUAUCAUGGUUGUCUUGAUGUUAUUGAAUGUCCUUUGAGAAGGAAUUUUUUAUAUUUCAAAACAGACAAAAAUGUAAAGGUAAACAGGACGAAUUGAUUUUUAUACUUUUUUAUAUGUGCAUUGAAAAAAAGCAAGCUAUAUGAAAGUGAUAUAAAGAACUUGUAACUGCCAUAAUAUUACCUCUUUUUGAGAAAAAACCUGCUUGCGGAAAUAAAAUUAAUUGGAACUGCUUGGAACUGACGGCCGUUUCUCCGUGUUCUGUAAUACCGCUCAAGAUUCAGUUGAACCAUGCGAUUAAAUUGCUUCGUCAAACUGUGAUAUACCUAUAAAAAUAAAAAUAAUUGUCGAGUUAGCGAUUUAUUUUUCUCCUUCAGUUCGACUUUUUCCCAAGUUGAAAAAUAUAGAUCUAGAUAUAAAAUUCGAGGAAGUUGACAUACUAAGCACAUUGACAGCAAUUGUAUCCCCCAAAUAAAGCACAUCAACGAGUUCAUUAGUAGUCGUUUUUCUUCUGCAGUCCCAAAGCAUUUCCUGUAGUGUAGUACUAAGUAAUAGUUUGGGAUUAUCUUCUGCCUCAUCGUAGAAACUACAUGUACUAUGUUAGAUGAUAUCAAUCUUCCUCAAGUACCUAUUAUGACCUUCCGUUAGGCUGUUAGGCUUUAGAGCCCCUUCCAACUUUCUCUGAUGCCCUAUUAUUUAUUUAUUUGAAACAGUAGUAUUUUUUCUGCAGUUAUGCGGAUAAGUGAAGCCCCACAGUCGACUAUGUAUGUCUGUAUGUAUGUCUUCCCCUUCGCAGAAUUUGCUUGUACCAGUUGAUACCAAUUUUCUUCAAGGGUCUAUUUAGUCCGCAAUGGACGGAUAGGAUUCGGAGUCUCUUCCAAUUUUCUUUCCAAAUCUCGCCUUUUUUUCUUUUCUUUUUUGUAAUUGUUUGCGUCCAGUGAGUAAAUUCCAUAGUAUCCCUGUUUUCAAAGUGUCUUCUUUCCUCAGAUGGACGCUGAUAGUAUAUAUUUAUUUAUUUCACUG